ACUGAUAAGUGUGAUUAACUGAUUAGAGUGCAAACCAAAAAUGCUUAUUUAGCAAAUGUAAACUCCCUUUGGAAAGAAUAUCCCCUAAUUAAUGUAAAUCACUUUCUCUGAUUCAUUCUCUCUAUUUUCCCUGUUUCACCUGUACAUUGCCAUUUGCCAUGACAACCCCAACAAAGUCCACAAUACAUGAUCUUCCUUCAAUUUUGUCUUCUACUGGAACACAUUUUCUCCUUCGUAACAACCUUCUUCAGGUCAGUAUUGAUACUUUGAAAGGAAAGAAAGUGGGGCUAUACUUUGCAGCAUCUUGGUGUGGGCAGUGUCGCCGUUUUACCUCAGUUCUUGUUGAGGUUUAUAAUAAGCUUAAAUCUCAGGAAAAAGAUUUUGAGGUUGUUAUAAUCACAGCAGAUGAGGAUGAUGAAUCGUUUGACAAGUGCUUCUCGAAGAUGCCCUGGCUGGCCAUACCGUUUUCUGAUUCAGAAACUUGUGAUAAUCUAGAUAAACUGUUCAAGGUGGAAGAAAUUCCACACCUUGUAAUCCUAGAUGAAAAUGGUAAGAUUCUUACGGAUAAUGGUGUUGAUAUUAUUCGUGAUUAUGAAGCCGAAGGGUAUCCAUUCACUCCAGUAAGAAUCAAGAUAUUGAAAGAGCAGGAGGAAACGGCUAGGAAGGAACAAACCUUAAAGUCUAUAUUGGUGUCUAGUUCUCGAGAUUUUGUGCUCUCCACUAAUGGUAAAAAGGUCUCUGUUUCUGAGCUUGAAGGCAAUACUGUCGGUCUAUAUUUCUCAUUGUCUUCAUACAGAUCAUGCAUGAAUUUCACUCCAGUACUAGUAGAUGUUUAUAAGAAGUUGAAGGCAAAGGGGGAGAAUUUUGAGAUUGUUUUAAUUUCCCUUGAUGAUGACAAAGAACUAUUCAGCCAGGGAUUGGCCAGCAUGCCUUGGUAUUCUAUGCCUUAUAAGGACAAGAUUUGUGUCAAACUGGCUCGAUAUUUUAAUCUCUCAACUCUUCCCACUUUGGUGAUAGUAGGACCAGAUGGGAAAACCCUUCAUACUAAUGCAAAAGAGACAAUAGAAGAUCAUGGAGUUGAGGCAUACCCUUUUACAUCAGAGAGGUUUCAGGAGCUUGCACAGAUAGAAAAGGCAAGGCAAGAGGCUCAGACCCUUGACUCCAUUCUAGUAUCAGAGAAGCAGGAUUUUGUUAUAGAUAAAAUUGGCACAAAGGUUCCUGUCUCCCAGCUUGUAGGGAAGAACAUCCUCUUGUACUUUGCUGCACAUUGGUGCCCUCCAUGUCGAGCAUUUCUUCCAAAACUUGUUGAAGCUUAUCAACAUAUAAAGUCAAGAGAUAAUAACUUUGAAGUGAUCUUCAUCUCCAGUGACAAAGACCUAACUUCCUUCGACGAGUUCUUUACUGCAAUGCCCUGGUUAGCUAUUCCAUUCGGUGACAACAGAGAGGCUUAUCUAAGUCGUUUAUUCAAGGUAUAUGGGGCUCCUAAAUUGGUUGCAAUCGGACCUAACGGGAAAACCAUCACAACAGAAGCCAGGGAACUCAUUAUGGUUCAUGGGGCAAAGGUUUAUCCUUUUACCAAUGAGAGGUUGAAAGAAGUUGAAUCUGAACUCGAGGAGAUGACUAAGGGGUGGCCCGAGAAGGUGGAACAUGCUCUUCAUGAAGAGCAUACACUUCUGCUCACAAGGCGUAAUGUAUAUAAGUGUGAUGGUUGUGAGGAAGAUGGGCAGUUAUGGUCCUUCAACUGUGAAGAAUGCGAUUUCGAUCUACACCCAAAAUGUGCACUGACAGAGGUUAAUGGAUUCAGAGAUCAUAAUUUGAAGGAUCAUGAAACUUCAAGUGCUGGGUGGAAUGAUCAUGUGUGUGUUAGUGCAUCAUGAAAACUUGUAUUGAUGCAUUUUCUUAAGACCUAAAAUUUAUAAUUUUACUGUAAGUCUGUAAUUAUGUUGUGAAGAAUUGAGGAAAACUAGCAGAGAAAGGCAGAUCAAGGUGCUAUUUUAGUAAAGCCCUUGCUGUUGCAUCAGUUGUAGUUCGGCGUUGUAAAUUUUGUUGAGAGCUUUUCUUUUUCUUUCUUUCUUGAGUUUCUUCUGUCCUCAUAAGUUUAUGUAAUUGAUCCUGUUUGGUAAAUUCAUUCCUCUGUUAUAAUAAUCAAGGUUGACAUGGUUUUCAAA